CAUUUGCCUCCCUAUGGACCCACCUUCACCAGCUACAAUCUGUGGGCUCUCUUGCUGCCAACCUGCCUUGGACACUGCUGGUUUUUGGAUCGUUACUGCAAACAGCAUUUUUUGGACCUUACAGCUUGUAUGACUGAAACCUGCCUUAGAGUCUCUCAGCUGCACAGCCUCCCGUGUGCUUGGUGAGGACUCCUGCAGCAGAACUUCUGACCCAGACAAGGAUGGGAUUUACAGGACCAAGUCAAAACUGAGCUGCAUUCAGCGAGAUGCCCAACGCCUCUUCCUGGAGUGCUAGCUCGCCUCUGCUGCUGCUCUGGGAGGACUCCUCCGGGACCCGCAUCUUUCUCUCGCUGCUCUACGCAGUCUUAGCUAUCUCAGGGACUUUAUCCAAUGUGAUGGUCAUCUAUUUGGUCUUCUCCUUCAAGAAGCUGCAGACAACCAGCAAUGCCUUCAUCGUGAACGGCUGCGCGGCAGACCUGAGCGUGUGCGCCCUGUGGAUGCCCCAGGAGGCUGUGCUGGGGCUGCUGCCCCCCAAUUCCUCCUCCCUUCGCUCGGCGGAGUACCGGCUGCUCCGAGGGGGGCUCCUGGGCCUCGGCCUCACCGUCUCCCUGGCCUCGCACCUGCUGGUGGCUUUCAACAGGUACGUGCUCAUCACCAAGCUGCCCAGCGUGUACCAGGCCCUCUACCAGCGGAGACACACGGGCUGCAUGAUCGGGCUCUCCUGGGCCCUCGCCCUGCUCCCGGUCCCGCUGCUGCCCGGGCUCUGGACCCUGGGCUCAGCCCAGUCGGACGGCAGCUCUCGCUACACCGCCCUGCUCCUCGCCCUGGCCGUGCUGGGCCAGACCGCGCUGCUGCUCCACUGCUACCUCGGCAUCGUGCGGCGGGUGCGGGGCAGCGCCAAGCGGGUCAGCGUCCUCAACUUCCACCUGCUGCACCAGCUGCCCUUCCCCGCCGCGCCGCCGCCGCCUCGCCGCGCCCAGCGCCGCCUCAGCAGCGUCUCCGUCCUGCUGCUCUGCUGCGUGUUCCUGCUGGGGACUCAGCCCCUGGUCUGGGUCAGCCUCCUGGGCUUCUUCCUGCGCCCGGCGCCGCCGGCGCUGCAGGCCGCCAGCUGGCUGCUGCUCUGCUCGCUCUCGGCCCUCAACCCGCUGCUCUACACGUGGCGCAGCGAGGAGUUCCGCCGGGCGGCCCGCUCCGUCCUGCCCCGCGGCGAUGGCCCGGCCGCCGCCCCCCGCCCCUCAGCCGCCGCCGCGGGCCCCGCCGGCGCCCCGCCCUGCCCGCAGCUGCCGCGGCGCCGGGGCACGGGGAGCAGCGCCAGCGCUGCGGCCGCGCCGCGCUGA